AUGUCUUCCCAGUCAAAUUCAUCAUCCAUGGAAGUUCAUAACGGUUCGGCAGUGGAUAGUACAAACUCCCAUCCUACUCAUACUGGAGAUUCUCAAAAUGCGCCCGAACGACAACUCAGUAAUCCAUCCACUGCAAGCUACCACCGACGGCAACGUAACGCUCACACUUCUGACUCUACAUCGACUCCCGAAGUGCCAUCCUCGGUUGAACAACAUAACAACGCUCAGACCAAUCUAGGACAUCACUACUUUCCAGCCUUCGAACGCGAGACUCUCCGCUACGACGCCGAACUCAUUGUUGACGAUGAUGACCAAAGCACCACACCUGUUAAUGAGACUCGAUCAUACGGCGGAUACACCCAACACGCACCGGUGCAAAACCCAGAUCAUCAGAUCAACCAAACAAAUGGAGCUCAAUCGCCUACCACUGAGCGUUGGACCACCGAGCAAUCCCCAGAAGAGAGACUCAGGUUAGGACUUUCUAGAUAUCCAAGUGAGGAGGAGCAAUGUCUCGCUUAUGAAGAAGCAGUCGAUGAUGAGUCACGUCGCGGGCAGUAA